AAUAUAAAAUGGUGAUAUGGUAUUUCAAUUUUCAUUAGCAGCAAUUAGCAAAUUUUUUUGUUAAUUUGAUUAUUUAUAAUCUAAGCUUUACAUAGCUUUAAAAAAGAAUAUAUAUAUUGUUCUUUGCGAUUAUUAUGAUAUUAGAACGUCUUUAAAUGAAAUACUUAAAUGCGGCGGCUAUACAUAUACUCUCUUUCUAAAAUUUGCUUACCGAUGGUAUGAAACGAUGAUUGUGUCAAUAGUCAAUACAAGAUAAAUAAGGUUGACUUAGAUUAGCAAGCUAGAAAUUAGUAUUAUAUAUGCGAAAAAAACUUAUUAAAAUUAUUAAGAUGGUGCAAGGAAGGUUUGUCAUGUUUGUUAAAUAGACUCGAAAUGUUGCAUAAUCUCUAUUUUUAUCAAAUAAAGUAAUUAACAUCAACUAUCAAUACACCAACGUCCUUUUAGAGAAAACAUUUUUAAAUAUCUUUUUAAAGAUUUUAGAUUGAUAAGUCUCUAUUUAAAAAACAGCGCUUAAUAAAACGACGAAUCUUUUGCACCAGCCUAAUAAUUGAUUUAUUCAAAUGAAUAUAUUCGAAAUAUUUCACAAAUAGCUGAGACAAAGAUAAGAUGCAAUUUUCCUGAAAGGAAAUAUUUCUAUAUUUAAUAACCACUAUAAAGAGAAUAUAUUCGAUUUUGAAUAGUUGGGUCCGCAUAAUCGUAUAAAUUGGAAUUGGAUCGUAAACAUAAUACCCUUAAAAAUACGGCCUAUAUCUUGAACAACCUUUGUAAGUAAUAGCAGUAGUAGAAAAAAAACCUAUACAUUUCAUUUUGUAUCGCGUAAUGCAAUAGUGCAAUUUUUACGUUCCUUGAGAACAGAAUAAAUAUAUCCACUGAGGAUACCACAAUGCAAAAUGACGAUAAACAUAAAGAAGUAAUUGAUAUACUUGUAACAUAAGAGAUAUAAACGCGCGCGUCGCACAACAGGCGUUAAUAUUUGUUAUAUUUUAUAACAACUUUUAAAAGUUUAUUGUAAUCUUACUCGUAGGAUAUCGUAGAUCAAUGUCUUAUGCGCAUAUUACACACGCACCUCUAUACUUAAGAAACUACUUACGCUAUGCAAAUGUAAUCUCUAAGUCGUGUCUGCGCGAUCAAUUUCGUGCUCACGGAAAGAAAACGCAUUUACAAUACUCGAUGCAUUUAAUGCCAAUGCAUUUAAAUGUUCUUCCUCUAUAAAAGGAAGAAGGAUACUCCAACGUAGGAACAAACGCUAAUGUUGUCGUAAUCUCUUAUACUUAUUAUCGCGCGCUAAUCUUGUGCUUUUACGCGUUUGCGGAGGCGGGAUAUAUCGUAUAUGUAUAAGCAAUGUUCAUGCGAUACUUAAAAAGAGUUUUAUUGACUCUCGUGUAAUUGCACACCAAAAUGCGAUUUCCAUUUUUCAUUCCAUACUUUAAGCGGCAUUAGUACUUUUUGAACCAAGAAAAGCGCAACAUUGCGUUGUUAUGCGUAUGUUAUGUACUCGAUCUGAUAACCCCGAGAUAAGAGAAAAAAAUGUCACCGCAAAACCAGCGUUAUCGCAAAACGCAAAUGUCUCGAACAAUACAGAUUGCCGGCUUAUGUACUUAGUGCCACAAUUUAUAUGUCACAAUUGAAUGAAAGUCACAAUUUAUAUGUUAAUAUUCUUUUUGUGAUAACGAGGGAUUAUAAUUGUAACAAGCGGCAGCACGACUCAUAUACGCGCGUUUUUCUUCGCAGUGCGUUAGAUUGAGCAGAAGAGAGGAUGGCUUUUCAGUGUCACGUGAGUUUUGAUAUUAAAUUAAUUUGUAUGAUAUCGUUCUAAGUCUUUUAUCUUGAAAAAUGGUACCAAUAAACUUGGAAUUUGCCUUAUCCAAAAAGUAAUGUAUUUCUACAUGUCAUCCAUUCCCCCGCGAAUGCGUUUCUGCGAAAUCUCCCUCUUGCGGAAAAUCACGUUUCCAUCAGUAUCACAAGAAAAGGAUAAGUCGUUGACAAAUUAAAUUAGCAUCAUGCAAGAUAAACCGUGGAGAAGAAAGAGGAGGCGGCCUUUUCUGUAACAACCGUUUCCGACGCGUGAGCAUCAUCAGCCGUUUCGUUCUCUUUAAUUCUAACAGAACAUCUCUGCUGGAAAUAAUGGGGGUCCCCUCGCGCGUGUCCCCUGUCAGCAUGUCCAGGCCCAACGCCGGACAGUUUCCGAAUUACACGUGUGCAAGUAGGGAUUCGGGAAAAGUAUUCUUGUGCGUUACUCGAUUAGAAACGACACCGCUCGCGUGCGAGAAUGAGAUGAGUUUCACUCUUAUGGGAUAACGUACAAAUAAAUAAAUAACGUUGCGUGCAAAUAUGUUUGUGCGCGGCGCGUUUUGCACUCUGUGUGCCACAAUAUUUGUCCUGAACGUCAACGCAGAAUGGGUGGACAUGCCACAAUUCUCGGACGAGACCAAGGUUUACAGGCAAGUCAGCUACACAUGUUCGAUUUUCCGAAUCGUUCUUCAUUAACGUUGCUUGUGUACUCUUUAAGGAUACCUUCUGUACAGUACGAUCAAUUUUACAAGUUCAGACGAGGUGACGCGGGCCACAUUAACUUUCCGGGUGGUCAACGGAACAGCAGCCAAACUUAUCGUCAUUCAGCUAAAGCCAGGCACGAUAUAAUGCAUGAUAAAAGAACGGAGAUUAAGAAGAUUGAUUCCGUCUCGGUGUCGACAACGCCGGCGAACUUGUUUCCUGAUCAGAUCGCCGACAGUUUCGCAUACAUUGAUACGAAUCGUACCGCAACGAUCACCGAUGUCGUGACUGAGAAUAAAUUAAAUAACAAAGAAAAUGCGACCUUGCCAACAAAGGAUACAAUGAUUAACACACUUACAAUUCAACCACCACCGAAUACUAAACAAGAAAAAAUGUCGCAAGAUAAAUACGAUAAUGACACGAAGAAGGACGAUGAUAUAUUUCAAUACUUGCCCAUAGACAUACUUAAAAGUGUACACCAUACUUUGCAAUCGCAGCCAUCGUCGGUCGAGGGAAAGAUUUACUUUCUUAAAACAUUCGAGAAAACAUUAAUGUCGGAAAUAGAAUCUCGUCUUACUACUACUAUGGCACCAAGUCGCAAAACAAGAGGUGUCGAGUAUUACGGGCACGACGAUCACGACGAUCAUUCCAUAGGAUUCCCCUCGAUAGAAGGCACGCUCUUGGCCAUAUCGUUCCUCACAUUCGCGGUCUAUCUCGUUCGAUUAGUUAUGCUUCUUCUCCGAAAUAUUAACAUGCCCACGACCACUACAACCGCUGCUACAGUGUUUCUCGGCAAAAGAAAAAGAUCCACCGAUCUCGAUGAUGAUACCGCUAGAAUACUUAACAACAUUAAUAAUUUCAUUCCUGAUCUUUAAAUUGUAAUAUAAAAUACUGUACAUUGGUGAUGGGAACAGCUAAAAAAUGGAUGAUUCUAUAUGAAAAAAUAUAUCUAAAAUAUAUGGCAUAAUUUUUCAUACGAAGCUUUAUUUCAUACAAAGUUAAAUUUGAAAUUUAAAAAAUUAAAAAAUUUGUAAACUUUAUAUAUACAUAUAAAGUUCACCUUCGUUGUGAACAAGGUCCACUUUAAAGUCUUUAAAAAUUGACUAGACUGCACUAUAUUCCAAUAUCGCCAUAAAAAGUUUCUAAAAAAUAAAUUAAGUAAGUCUUAUUCAGCCCUUAAGAUAUCAUAAAUCUGUUCUUAAUAGUUCGACUAGUAUACAUUUGUCGUUUUUAAAAAAUUUAUAUAUAUACAUACAUACAUACAUAUAUAUACAUAUAUAUAUAUAUAUAUAUAAACAUUUUUUUUACGAGAGUUUUAUUGCACACAAUCUAGUGCAAUGAUAAAGAAUCUUAGAACUUACGUAUGCGCAUAGAAAAAAGUAAAAAUUAUUCAACUAUAUGAUGAUUUUCGACAAUCUGAUUUUGUAAGAACAAAGCCUCGUAUAAAAAAAAUCUUAUUUGGAUAUUUUUCUUCUCUAUUUUUACAAAAGAUAAAUUUCUUUUUUAAUUGUGAUCGCCAAUAACAGCAUACCUUAUAUGUCUAUAAUCGAAAUCAAAGCGGAAUGUAUCAGUAUCAAUUACAUAUAUCUCAUAAUUAAAAUCAAUUAGCUAUUAUUAAUUAGCCUUAUUAUUAAUACUGUUGUUAUUAGCGUACCAAAUUCAUUA